AUGCGGUUUUUCGCGCCUGCCUCGAUAGAGGGCGGCUCCGCUUCUUCCGUCGUUUCUUCGUGUGUCCUCCCGCGCCGUCGCUCGACUUGGACCUUCCUUUUCUCGCGCUGUUCCUCGUCACCGAACAACACUUUUUUCGCCCUUGUUUCUGCUCUGAGUUGCGAAGGCUCCGUGGACCGGCCCUCUGAGCCGACUUCUUGUUUCGACUUUUCGCCGGCCUCACGCGUGUUCAAUCGGCGGCGCCCGUCGGUCCUUGUCUCUCGCUUUCUGCUUCCCUGCAAACUCAUACCGUUUUUUCUGGACACCUCGACCCCUGCGCAAAAGAUGGCGCACACGGCCUCCUCGUUCUUCAGGCGGCUUCUGCAGCCCGCCGGCGCCUCGCGGCUUUUCUCUGCCCCUGUUGUUGGGCAGCACCCCGUUUCCCUUCUCAAAUCCUCUUCCGUUUAUGCCCAAAAAUCAGCCAGCCGCCUCUUCAGCGCCGGCGUGCGAACGUUCUCCAGCGCCGCAGCAGGCCCCCGCGAGGAAGCGUACCACGCCGGGCUGAUUCACACCCAGUUCACAACCGACAUGAACAUCAGCAACGAAACUCCCGUCAUUCCCAUCUUCCGCAUCCUGGACUACGACGGACAAAUCGCGGACGGCUGGCAGUGCCCCAUGACCAAUGACGAGGUUCUCGAGGCCUACCAGUUCAUGGUCAAACUGAGCAUCUGGGACAACAUGUUCUACAGCGUCCAGAGACAAGGACGUAUUUCCUUUUACAUCCAGAAUCAGGGUGAAGAAGCGCUGCAGACGGCUGUUGGACUUGCUCUUGACAAGAAAGAUCAUCUCUUCUGCCAGUACCGAGAACUUGGAGUCCUCAUGCUUCACGGCUUCACUGCAGAAGACGCUCUGGAGCAACUCUUCGCGAGGAGAGGCGACGAAAGCAAGGGCCGACAAAUGCCCAUCUCGUACAGCAAACACUCCGUGAACCUCCACACGAUCUGCACCCCUCUCACUACUCAGGUCCCGCACGCGGCGGGUGCCGGCUAUGCCUUCAAGCUCGCAGGCGACGACCGCAUUGCUGUUGCUUUCUUCGGAGAAGGUGCGGCAAGCGAGGGCGACUUCCACGCAGCAAUGAACUUCGCCGCGACUCUCAAGAGCCAGACUUUAUUUGUCUGCAGAAACAAUGGCUACGCCAUCAGCACACCUGUGAAGGACCAGUACGCAGGAGACGGCAUUGCGAUUCGAGGCAUUUCCUACGGCAUGCACACGAUCAGAGUGGAUGGCAACGAUUUGUUCGCUUCUCUCCUAGCCACCAAGAAGGCGAGGGAAAUCAUCGUCUCUCAACGCCAGCCAGUCCUCAUCGAAUUCAUGACUUACAGAGUCGGUCACCAUAGUACCUCUGACGACAGCUUCCAAUACAGGCCGAGUGGCGAACUGGAAGCUUGGGGUCAAUCCGGCAUUCACCCGAUAGCACGCGUCCGUCGCUACCUGGACAACUUGAAUCUCUGGAGUGACAAGCAAGACGAGGAACUUCGCAAAGACGCUCGUGCUACGAUGCUGCGCAUGAUGAAAGUUGUGGAGAAGGACAAGCGUUCCGCCGUCAUCGGAGGCAUUUUCGACGACGUGUACGACAAGGAGCCGUGGAACUUGAGAGAACAGCGAGAGAGCCUGAAAGCUUUUAUGGAGAAGAACAAGCAGCACUACCCCCAACUGAAGGAAUACGAGUCUCUGUAGAAAACAGAGACGAGGAGACAGAAGGCGCGAGAAGAGAAGGCGAAAGAGGAGAUGUAAUCAGAGAAGGACAGAAAAAAAGAUAAACGGAGAGGCCAGAGGAGACGGGUGACGUGCAAGAGGAAACGAGAACUCGGAACCAGCCGCGCGCGACAGUUACCACAUGGCGAGGUCGGAUACGCGAAUCGAGCACUGCGUUGGUGUGUCAUGAAAACGCGAGUUUGCCCACAAUGAAAGAGUGGACCGGUUUUUAAGACACGCGACAAAGAGAGACACACGGUCCUCCUGGGCGUCCAGGGAAGACGACGAGAGAGCAACCCAGUUCUCUCCACACGGUCUUUGCUCUCCGUGCACACUGCAAUGUAUAUAUAUCCACCUAGUUUCUGCACGCAAGGCUUGUGAAAGUAUACGGACAUGUUGUGUCUUUCAAACUUAUGUUGCGUAAAUGUAUCAACAUAGAUCUAGAUAUGUUUUUUAGGGGCUGCACGCGAACAACCUGCACUUGAGCGUGAUUUCUUGCACUUGGGAUAUCUACGAGUCUGGUGGAAGCAAAACGGCGCGAUUCGAGAAGAAAUGCCUCUUCGUGUUGCACUUACUCUUUCUCGCGUUUUUCGGAAUGAACAGCGUGGCAGGAUAUGGUUUCGUUCAAAAAGAAAAAGAGCGUCUGAGUCUCCGGAAAGAGACAACUAAGAAGUCUGUCUCGCCAGAUGCAAAUGCACCUGCAAAUCUGUGCAUCUUCGUAGAAGUAUGUUAUACAGCCUUAAACAUGUGAGCAACAAUAAAAACGCAACUCUACGCCAGGGCACAUGUACACAUCGCUACAUGUAAAUAUAUGUAUAAAUAUGUAUAUAUAUAUAUGAAUAUAUUUAUAUGUAUAUAUAUGUAUGUGCAUGUGAGUGUAUCUGUGCGUGCGCGUAUGUGUAGAGUGUCUGCACAUCUUGGAGUUGUGGGAGACUGCAGCUGUGUGAGGGUUCGGGAACGGCGGCGUCUUUGUGAAACGCGUUCUCUUCGUUUCUGCUGUGUUUCGCUGAAGAGACGAGAGAGUGUUGUCCAACUGAGAGCUCGCGCGCUCCAGGGUCCGUUCGGCUUAUAUUCGGAUGAGACAGGCGUUCCCAAAGAGAACACCUAGCCCCCUCGAGCGACGCAGGGAGAAACCGGCGAAGCGUGUGGAGAGAGCCUUUGCGUGUUCGAGUGCCGCAGGGUCGUUAACGCGUUUCUGUUAGAGAGGCCCCAGCUCUCCUGCGUUUGCGAAUGGUGUCUUCUCAGUCUUGACAGACAUUUGCUUGAACACUCAUGCGAGGCGAAACUCACGCGUUCCUGUAUCCAGAAAGAGAUCUUCGCUGGAGGUGCGCGGCCGUACCCGGCGACGCUGAGUCACAUCGGCGACAAACGAAGCGCACAAAUACGGCACCAUCUUCUCUUUCCUCUGUCUCUCCCGUUCUCUCACGAACUCUUCUUCUCUGUCUUCUCAGCUAGUCCGGAGGAGCGCUUGACGCAACUCCAUGGCCCAGACACCAGCACAACACAAGGUCGCUCAGACAGAGCUCGUUGCAGAGAGGAGCUCCCGUGUGUCAACGUGGAGUUGUCGUCGUGACUCUGCUGGACUGGCCCACUGCUUCUCUCGGGGAUCUAAACCAGUAGUCCACCUCGUAGUAUAUACUCCCGUGAAAAAGGGAGUUUCUAUAAACUUAGGAAUCUCAUUUUAUAAUGUGUAACAGGGAGUGAACUGACCACGGCGCAUGCAAACGCUCGGAGAGACGUGAGCCUCCACAGCACUCGUUCCUCGGAGAGAUCUCCUGGUCGCGACUGUCGACCCUCUCGGUCUCGCUCGACAGAUUGCUCUUUCUCCCUCUUUCUGCACAUGUCCUUCUCCUUUCCUUCAGCGAACAAGGAAAGACAGAGGGAGAAACUCGAGAGGAAGGUCACUGGCAGGCAGGAAGGGAGCAUGCAGAGCGAAAGAAAACGGAGAGAAGACAGAAAAAACGAGACGGACGAGAAAAGACGAAGGAAGAGACAGAGAACACGCAGAGACUCAGAAGGACACCAAAGGGGAGAGCGAGAAGAAGAGGAGAGAAACGCGACAAAGAGAAAAAUGAGAGAAAUAAACGACAUGUGAUAAAGCCAUUUUUUCGGAGUGCGAAGAGUAGAAGUGUGCAUGUCUCGUGGCAAAAAGCG